AUGUCUGCGUUCAAAAGGUUGUUUUACAUCGUGAAGCACAGGAACUUAUGGAUGCAUGUUCGGAGAAAUGUCACAACAUGGUCUCCUGUUGGAGCUGCCUUCAACACCAAAACUCACAGGAGGCUGAACCUCUUGGAGAAAAACGGGGGUUUGUUUGGAGUGCCAGAGCUGAACAGUCCUGCAGGCUUCCAGGUGGCCACCAAGGCAGCUCUCAGGAACACAGAGCGCCUGCUGGAGAAGGCCUGCUCUUGUCCUCCAGGGGUUGAGACAGUCGAGUCUUUCGACCAGCUCUCAGAUGGUUUGUGCAAAGUGGCUGAUCUGGCAGACUUUGUUAAAGUAGCGCAUCCAGAUCAAGAGUUUCGUGAGGCUGCAGAGAGGACCUGCAUAGAGAUUGGCACAGUUGUGGAGAAGCUGAACACUAACGUCGAGUUGUGCCAAAGCCUAAAAAAGCUGCUGGAUAACCCGGAGAUUGUGGCUCAGCUGGACCCUGAUACAAGACGAGUGGCAGAGUUGUUCUUGUUCGACUUUGAAAUCAGUGGCAUUCAUCUGGAUGACAAACUGAGGAAAGAGGCAGUGGCUCUUCACGUAAAGCUCUUGGAUCUAAACAACGAGUUCCUGGCCUGUUCUCACAUGCCCAACAGAAUUGCGAGGUCUGUGAUUCCUGAGCAUUUACACCUGCAGUUUGCAAGUGAAGGAAGCUUCAUCCAAGUUGGGGGAUUACAUGCAGAUUCGCCUGAUGACUUGGUGCGAGAGAUUGCCUACAGGAUUUACCUCUACCCAAAUGCAGAUCUGAUGGAGUGUCUGGAGGAGCUGCUGAAGUGCAGAUACAAACUGGCCAAACUGGUGGGAUACGAGUCAUACGGGCACAGAGCUCUGAAGGGAACAAUGGCCAAAACACCAGAGACGGUGAUGAGUUUCCUUCAGUUGUUAACAGACAAGCUGGCAGACAGAACGGCCAAAGACUUUAAGAUGAUGAGAAAUAUGAAAAAAAAGCUCAACCCUCGUAAUUCUGAGCUCAUGCCGUGGGAUCAUCCGUUCCUCAGUGGCGUCCUGCGUGCUGAAAGGUACAACAUAGAGCCCAGUCUGUACAGUCCGUAUUUGUCUCUGGGUGCCUGCAUGGAGGGUCUGAACAACCUCUUCUCGGAGCUGUAUGGUGUUUCCCUCAUGUCCGAACCACCCAGCGCUGGAGAGGUCUGGAGCGAGGACGUCCGCAAACUGGCUGUGGUACAUGAGACAGAGGGAUUAUUGGGAUAUAUCUACUGUGACUUUUUCGUCCGGCCAGAUAAACCUCAUCAGGACUGUCACUUCACCAUCCGUGGAGGACGUUGGUGCCAGGAAACGGGUCAGUACCAGCUUCCAGUGGUGGUUCUGAUGCUGAGUCUCCCCCAUCCCACUAAGAGCGCCCCCACCCUGCUCACUCCGGGCAUGAUGGAGAACCUCUUCCAUGAGAUGGGACACGCCAUGCACUCCAUGCUGGGACGCACGCGCUACCAGCAUGUGACGGGAACCAGGUGUGCGACUGACUUUGCUGAAGUCCCCUCAAUCCUCAUGGAGUACUUUGCCACUGACUACAGAGUCAUCAGCCAGUUUGCACGUCAUUAUGAAACUGGACAGCCUCUGCCUGAGAGUAUGGUGGCUCGUCUGUGUGAGUCAAAGAAGGUGUGUGGAGCUGCAGACACCCAGCUACAGAUUUUCUACGCCGUCUUGGAUCAGAUUUACCACAGUCAACCUCAGAACCGCUCUACCACAGACAUCCUGAAGGAGAUGCAGCAGAAAUUCUACGGCUUGCCUUACACGACCAAUACGGCAUGGCAGCUGAGAUUCAGCCACCUGAUUGGCUAUGGGGCGAAAUACUACUCCUACCUCAUGUCCCGAGCCGUGGCCUCCAUGGUGUGGAGACAGUGCUUCGCUCAGGAUCCUCUAAACAGGGAUAUGGGAGAGCGUUACCGUCGGGAGAUGCUGGCCCACGGAGGAGCCAAGGAACCCAUGCUGAUGGUGGAAGGGAUGCUGCAGAGGCAGCCCACCAUCGAGGACUUCGUGGACGCGCUGGUGUCGGAGCUCAACCCGAACUUUGAGACCUUCAUCAUGGACUCUGAAAGCUGAAAGGUGCCUUGUGGCGCCAUGGAAACGGACUCAAACCAUUACCAGGCAAAGAGAGCACUGAUGAUGCACUGAUGGACAAGAGGAGGGAGACACACACGCAGCAGGGCGUAUAUACUCUGCAUUUAAAUGAACGUUUUAUACAUUGCAGGUCUCUCUUAAAGUCACAUUGACUUAUUUGACAUAUUCUAACUAUAUUGUCAGGUAAUAUGUUAAUUAAAGACUUGCUGCCCAACCAUGAAAGCUCUUGUAUUCACCAUUCAUGCUAUUUCAGCAGGUUCCACAGUAACUCACACAUACUGUUUGUUUAAUAUUAUAAAACCACUGUGAGUUUGUGCAGAAGAUUUUCACCUUUUUCUCAGCAUUGAUUUUUGUCAUAAUUAACAGAAGAAUCUACAACAUAAUGUAACAUAUCCCUUUGAAUUUCACUCAGUAAAUAUUUUUGCCAUUUUAA